AUGGAAGAGCAAGCCAGAGGCUCUUCUGGCCCAGAGCCAAUUGCGAUCAUUGGCAUGGGCUGUCGCUUUGCAGGCGAAGCAUCUUCUGUUGAAGGAUUCUGGGACAUGCUGCGCCUGGGUCGAAGGGAGCAUGGGCGUGUUCCUGCUAGUCGUUAUCAAGCCUCAGCCUGGGAACAUCCCAGUCACGAGCGCAAAGGGGCUAUCAAUCACGACAGUGGCUUCUUUCUAGCCGAGGAUCCAUCCCGCUUUGAUGCACCCUUUUUCUCCAUCACGUCCAAGGAAGCUGCAGGCAUGGAUCCUGUUCAGCGCAUUCUGCUUGAAGUGGCGUAUGAAGCUUUUGAAAAUGGCGGCGUUCCGAUGGAAACCCUCCCUGGUAGUGCAACCGGCGUCUAUAGCGGAUGCAUGACCAAUGACUACGAGCUGCUUUCAACCCGAGAUAUCAUGGACAUGCCACAUAACUCAGCUACGGGUAAUGGGAGAACUAUGCUGGCUAACCGCCUUUCAUGGUUCUUCGAUCUUCGUGGUCCCAGCAUCAUGAUGGACACGGCUUGUUCAUCUAGCUUGACGGCACUGCAUUUGGCUACCCAGGCACUACGGGCAGGCGAAUGUAGCCAGGCGCUGGUGACCGGAGCAAGCCUGAUAUUGCAUCCGAAUUUUACCCAGCGGUUGUCGUAUAUGCAUAUGCUCAGUGCCGAUGGUAUCAGUCACUCUUUCGAUAGCAAAGCUAAUGGGUACGGUAGGGGUGAGGGAUUCGGCGCAAUCUUACUUAAACCCCUGUCCAAGGCUAUGGCAGACGGUGACACGAUUAGAGCAAUCGUUCGCGCUACUGGCUCUAAUCAGGAUGGACGUACCCCGGGAAUUACCAUGCCGAAUGCAACCGCCCAGGCUGAUUUGAUCAGAUCAACCUAUUCUCGAGCUGGAUUGUCGAUGGGAGAUACCUCAUACUUUGAAGCCCAUGGGACUGGGACAGCUAUUGGUGAUCCUACUGAACUGUCUGCUAUUGGAGCAAGCUUCGGAGCCGCGCGAACGCCAGGUGGUGAGCCAGUUUACGUCGGAUCCGUCAAAAGUAACCUAGGGCAUACCGAGGGUGCUGCGGGCGUGGCUAGUAUUAUCAAGGUGGUUCUUUGCUUAGAAAAGGGGAUGCUGGUUCCUAACGCAGGCUUCUCGAACCUGAACCCUAAGAUUCGACUGGAGGAAUGGGGCUUGCGCUUAAGCAACAGCACCACACCGUGGCCAUCUCAUUUGCCGCAACGUGCGAGCAUCAACUCUUUUGGCUUCGGUGGUGCCAACGCACAUGCCAUUCUCGAGAGCACAGCUCAGUACCUUGGUAAGACGCAAGCUCCGUCCGACUCUACCAUAGAAGGGAUACCCCAGGUCGUUGUGGUAUCUACGCAUGACCAGUCUGGGUUAGACCGUACGGCCGACAAAUGGACGAGUUUCCUUAAUCCGUGCGUCGAUGGUAAAAGAAAAGACAUUGCCUUGUUAGAUGUAGCACACACUAUGGCUACACGGCGAUCCCAGCUUCCGUUCCGCAGCUUUGCUGUGGUGAACUCACUAGCAGAGCUGCGAAAUGUGAUGGCCGCAGGCUUGCCCGCUUUCCCUCGGGCGAGCCGUAAGAACCAGACGCAUCUAGCAUUCGUUUUCACGGGCCAAGGUGCUCAAUGGCCACGCAUGGGUGUUCAGCUGCUGGCAAACCCAGUGUUUGCGGCCAGUAUGGAACGAAGUCAGCAGGUGCUGCAGAGCUUGGACUGCUCGUGGGAGUUGCUCGAGGAGAUCCGCGCAGGGGCGACAACAAGCCGUAUCAAUCGACCUGAUCGCAGUCAGCCUUCUUGCUGUGCUUUACAGGUGGCAUUGGUAGACAUGCUCCGCAGCUGGGGGGUAACUCCUAAGGCAGUAGUGGGCCAUUCCAGUGGUGAAGUCGGGGCUGCCUAUGCGGCCGGCUAUCUUACACAUGAGGAUGCCAUUCGAAUCACGUAUUUCCGUGGCGUGCUGUCUCAACGGAUUGCUGAGAGUGAAAGCCGCGGCGGUAUGCUCGCUGCCGGCAUCUCCGCCGUUGAUGCGCAGCAAUAUUUGCAGACCUUACCCCCGGAGUCCGUGGUGGUAGCCUGUGUGAACAGCCCAUCGAGUGUCACUCUUUCCGGCAAUAUAGAAGAAAUCAACCUGCUUGAGAAGCGCUUGCAAGCGGAUGGCUGUUUUGCGCGCAAGCUGUGCGUGGACACUGCUUACCACUCACCGCAUAUGAGAGCGUUGGCUGAUGACUAUAAGGCAGCCAUUGAAUCCAUUCAGCCAGUCGACAAGUACAAAGGCUCCAUAUCUAUGUUCUCAUCUGUCACAAAAGAGCUCUUGCAAGCAACGGAUGUAGACGCGUCAUACUGGGUGCGCAACCUCGUCAGCCCAGUCGAGUUUUCCGCGGCAGUGACCAAAGUCGUUACCAUGACCGAGGCUGGCAGAGGGCGAGGGAGACGACGAGUGGUCCCAGUCAAAUGGGCAGGCUUUUUGGAGAUUGGCCCACACGAAGCUCUUAAAGGGCCGUUCAACCAGACCCUGCAGGAAGCCAAUGCUGAUUUGGCUUCCACUCCUUACAGGAGUUUGGUGCUCCGCAGGCAGGAUUCUCGACAGACAGCCCUCCAAGUUGCCGGGCUCCUGUGGUGUUUGGGCUAUGCUAUCAACCUAGAUACAGCAAAUCAAAGCUUUCUGGAGAGCAGAAGGCCACAGGUGAGCCGAGACCUUCCAUCUUAUGCCUGGAAUCAUCAGUCCACCUUCUGGCACGAGCCAUUGGAAUCAGCCCGGCUGCGACAGCGCAAAGAACCUCGUCAUGACCUCCUCGGUAUGCCUUGGGACUACCAGAACGAGCUGGAGCCGCGGUGGCGUAACUUCCUGCGGGUGUCGGAACUGCCCUGGCUUGCGGACCAUGUGGUCGCUGGCUCUAUAGUAUAUCCAGCAGCAGGGAUGGUGUCCAUGGUCGCAGAGGCAGCCCGUCAGCUUGCAGACACUACGAAGUGGUUAGAGGGGAUUGAGUUUUACGAUUUGGACUUUUUCCGGGGAGUUGUAAUUCCUCCAGACGAACGGGGCCUGGAAAUAGUUCUCCAUGUCGCGCCGCAUCACGGCAUGAAUGGAUGGUACGAAUUCGGCAUCUUCUCCUUGCCCGAGAACUCCUCCUGGGUUCAGCAUGCGAAAGGUGCUUUUGCUCCACAGUAUGCUGAUGAGGAUGGAGUUGGAUGUGCUGCAGACUGGCAAUGCACUGUACAACGGGUGCGACAGACGCAGGCUUUGGCAAAGAAGGCUGAGAUCGAGGCCGUCUAUGAAUGGCUGUCAGAAACGGGCGGCGUCACUUUGGGGCCGACCUUCCGGUCCAUGGCUGGUGUAGCUUUUGACUCGGAGUCUCGUCUGUACGUUACUGGAGUUGCACCGAACACUAAGCAGACGAUGCCAUAUGAGCGUGAAUCUCCAUGUCUUGUCCAUCCCACCUCUCUGGACAGUCUCUUCCAGGCUGCUGUGGUGUCAUGCUCAGAUGCCCUGUCCAAUCACAAUGCCAAUAUCCCCGUGGGUGUAGAGCGCCUUUAUCUCUCGACGGCCUUCUCCUUGCAGCCUGGUGACCGAUUCGAUGUCCAUGUCGAGACACGCUAUGAGAACGGCGUGUCAUUCACGGAGUCGAUCGCUUCGGACCCAUCCUGGCAGCAGCCUGGAGUGGUUCUGCAAGGGGUGCGAUUAGGUCGCGUGCCUACGCGGUCCGGCAUCUCGACCAAAGAGGAGAUCCAGCAAAGCCGAUUCUCGACACUUCAUUGGGCUGAGCACGUGGAUUCUUUCGGUGGUCUAGAAGGCCGUUGCUCCGGUGAUCUGCAGUGCUGGCUUGGCCGGGUCUGCCACACUCAUGGAGAUGCUUGUGUCCUUGUGGUGACUACCAAAGACAUAGGUCAGGUAGUUGAAGCUCUCAAGAAAUAUGCGCCAAAACGCAGUCAUCGACCUCGACUCCAAAAGCUCACCAUUGUGCUAUCUGACCCUGACACAGAGGCAUCAACGAACCAGGUUAAGGUCAUUAAAGAAUCCCUAGAUGGGUGUCAGGUUCUGCCAGUUGCCUCAUUGAAGGAUAUAGGCACGGACUUGCUGGGCGAAACCGCCUAUGAUGCGAUCAUUGUUGAUCAUCCCGAUGUCUGGAGUGGAGACAAUGCAAAAGCAUUUUUCAACACUUUGCUUUCGAUUACUAGGCCUGAUUCUUGGAUUGCCGCUCGAGCGACUGCUGAAAACCACGAUGCGGCCAUUCGCAAUGCGGGCCAUGCGGACUGGGAAGUACAGGGCUCGAUUGAGCAGCCUGGGUAUCUUCUCAUCCGUCGUCAACUUGCUCCGAUUGAGUUGGAUCCCACUAUCUACAUACUAAGCAGCGCAGCGGCUGAGUCGGUCGGUUCUCUCUUGUAUGAGCUGGAUGGUGUCGUAAGCAAGCUCGGUUCUAAGAUUGAGCUGGUGGAUGUCGAUAAAGCUCCCGAUCUAAAGGAGAAAAUGAUCAUCUCACUGCUCGAGUUAGAUCGUCCAUGGACAGUGAAUUGGACGCCCGAUGAGAUAUCACGCUUUCAGUCGCUGUUACAGGCAAAGUGUCUCCUCUGGAUUUCACAGUGCCCGGGGCAUGAGGCGUCCGGCUAUGCAGGCUUCGGGGCUACGACUGGGCUUUUGCGGACCGUACGCAAUGAAAAUCCCCAUACCGUGCUGCCUCAAUUACUUGUGUCCGGAAAGGAUAAGGAUCCUCACAAUUUGGCGCGCAGUAUCGCACACGUGUUGCAGCUAACAUUGAAACCUCGGUCACGGCCACACGACUGGGAGUUCUAUAUGCAAGACAAUUGUCUGCUUGUGCCGCGGGCUAUCACGGCUCGUGCAGUAGAUGAGAGCAUGGAUGCUCUCUUACAUGGCCCGCGCCCUACGCUAGCAGAGCUCGCGCAGGACUCGAGACCGCUGCGCCUCUGCACUAAGUCGCAGGAUAUCAGUGACGCCCGGUGGGAGCUGGAUGAACCGUUGAAUUCGGCCUUACCCGAUGAUUUAGUUGAGGUGCAGCUACAUAAGGUGUCCAUCACUGAGCCCGCCAGUAAGAGCGGUCUCUCUCCGGAGGCGCGUAUUGCGGCCAUAGAAGCAGUCGGAAUUGUUCGCCAGGUUGGAUCGUCUAUUGGCUCAGAAUUCCAAGUGGGAGACGAAGUCUUGUGUGCCAUACCCAGUGAUGCGUGGCCCAGUGCUUUAACUACCCAUCAGAGCCAGACACAAUCAGUGUCCAUGCCGGUGGCUUUUGCAGGUGCCUACACCAGCCUCUUCGGCAGCUCCGGAGCUUCUGCUUCAUCUGUUCUCAUAGUUGGCUCCGUUAGCCAGACCCUGCGAGCCACGGUUGACUGUGCUCUGGCUGCGGGUAUGCAGGUGUACGUGGCAAUCGAUGGCGAGAAUGGGGUUAAUGAGAUGCGCUCUAAAUAUGUAGGAUUGCAUGAGAGAAUCAUUCCUAUUCACAGGGAGCUUGACACAACAGUCAAACGGCUGACUGGGGGCAAAGGAGUGGAGCUGAGCGUUUGCUGUCUAGGAGGUUCUGUCAGUCGACUUGCAGCGCGUUGCUUGGCCUACAGCGGCCGGUUGGUCGAUCUCAGUGAGGAGCUGAACCUGGCUGCCCUGCCUCAGACGUUCGUUGACCGUGGGUGCACUGUCAGCUCCGUACGGUUAUCAAAGAUGCUCCGCGAAGCCCCCCGUCAGCUGCAGGCCAACUUCCAUCGCGCAGUGGAUCUUCUCGGAUCAGACGCCCUCGCCAGCGUUCAGGCUUAUCAAUCCUUCCCUGUUUCUCAGGUUAGAGAUGCCGUUGCUCAUGCGCGAGACAGCGGUACCCGUGCGAUUGUCGAUCUCCAGGCUCCGGGUCAGGUGCCAAUUGUGCCAGCCCUCCCAGAUCCUGCCUCUCUGCCUGCGAAGAAUACCUACAUCCUGGUCGGUGGACUGGGCACUCUCGGGAUUGCACUAGCCAAUACGCUUGUUGACUGCGGAGCCCGUCAUUUUGUCUUCUUGAGCCGCUCUGGGGCUGUUCGGGAGACACAGCAAACUGCGCUGAAAGAGCUUCAAGACCGAGGUGCGCGUACUGAUGUCGUGCGCUGUGACGCGACCUGUCAAGAGGAUGUGGAAAGUCUGUUGACCCGAGCUGAAAAAAGUCGCUGGCGUGUUCGUGGUAUCGUGCAAUGUGCAACUGUUCUGAAGGACGGCAUGUUCGAGCACAUGGACUUCGACGCGUGGAAGCAAUCUACCGAGCCCAAAAUCCAGGGGACAUGGAACCUCCACGAGGCGUUUUACUCCACCCCGCUAGACUUCUUCGUGACUCUAUCAUCCAUAUCCAGCAUAAUCGGAAACAUUGGCCAGGCCAACUACGCAGCCGGCAACGGGUACAUGGACGCUCUGAUGACCUGGCGACGCAAGCACCACCUACCAGGACAUAGUAUCAACAUUGGCCUAGUCCCAGACGCCAGCGGAGUGGGCGACGUAGCCGAAACACCCGAGCAGCGACGCCAGCGAUACCGACACAUAGAGGGUACAGAGAUUCUGCAGCAUGAGGUUCAAACUCUACUGCGGGUGAUAGUCCAGAAGAUCACCCCAGUCCCAGCACAAAUUAUCGCCGGACUGACGGACACCCUACCGCGAACCGAUGGGGCAGCUUCCUGGCAAUUCGAUCGCAAGUUCGAUCACCGGAUACAAGUUGUUGCUGAUGAGGAUGCAGGAGCUGGCGUGGUUAAGACCAGCACGUUGCUGAAGAAGGCGGAGUCGGUGGACGAGGCGGUGCGCGUCGUGAAUCAGGCGCUGCAGGAGUAUUUGGCCAGAGCGAUGGCGUCGUCGGCGGAGGCUAUUGAUUUGGAGUUGCCUUUUUCGGCGUUGGGUGUUGACUCGCUCAAAGCCGCGGAGGUACAGAACUGGGUCAGUCGCGAGAUGGGCGCAGAGUUGUCCUCGUUUGAGUUUAUCGGGGCACAGCCGGUGAGGGUGUUGGCGGAGAAGAUUGCGACGUUGAGUUCGUUUGUUGUCGCUACGUAG